UCUACCAUCUUCAGCAGGUAUUUCGUAUUGAUCACUCACUCUCUCUCAACUCUCAAACUAAUUUAACUUUCUCAAAGGGAAAAAAUGGCUUUAGAGAUUUGUGUCAAGGCUGCUGUUGGUGCCCCUAAUGUUCUUGGAGACUGUCCAUUCAGCCAGAGAGCUCUCCUUACUUUGGAGGAGAAGAAGCUUUCUUAUAAGAUGCACCUUAUCAAUAUCAGCGACAAACCACUGUGGUUUUUGGAGAUAAGUCCAGAAGGGAAAGUACCAGUGCUGAAAGUUGAUGGAAAAUGGGUGCCCGAUUCUGAUGUAAUUGUUGGGAUCCUUGAAGAAAAAUACCCUCACCCUUCUCUCAAAACCCCUCCUGAGUUUGCCUCUGUUGGAUCGGACAUAUUCGGAACAUUCACCACGUUUUUGAAGAGCAAAGAUGCAAAUGAUGGAUCUGAGCAAGCUUUGCUCGUUGAACUCAAGGCACUGGAUGAACAUCUUAAGGCUCAUGGUCCAUUCAUUGCUGGUGAAAAUAUAAUUGCUGUUGAUUUAGCUUUAGCACCAAAGCUUUACCAUCUUGAGGUAGCUGUUGGCCACUUCAAGAAGUGGACUGUUCCAGAAAGCUUAGCCAAUGUCCGAAAUUACAUGAAGUUGGUUUUCUCUCGCGAAUCAUUUGUGAAAACACAAGCUGCUGAGGAAUAUGUGAUCGCCGGAUGGGCACCUAAGGUUUAAUUCGAAAGGACGAGGCCUUUGAAGCUUUUAAGAGUAUGAAUAAUGUAAUAAAAUGUUUGUGAUGGUUAUGUAAUGAAGUGUAUGAUCCUAUCAGACUAGCAGUAGUGUAGUAUCCACUCUACUGAGAAACUAGUAAAAUCUUGCGUAUGAUGUCGAAUGUUGGUUACGG